GGAUGUGUGCCGGGAAGGCGAAAGCCUUAGCGGGCCGAGAGGACCCCAGCUCGGCGCCGCAGGCCAACGGCCACAGCCAUGCGACACUGGGGGCGAGGCCUCGGCUGGCCUCCCGGGACCAAGGAACUCUGGAGUCCUAGGACCAUGGAUACUCUCAAUAGGAGCCAGGUAGGCCCUGGAUGCAAGACCCAGGUUGUGGUGCAGAAAGGACCCUUGGACCUGAUCGAGACAGGCAAAGGGCUGAAAGUGCAAACGGACAAACCGCAUCUGGUGAGCUUGGGCAGCGGGCGGCUCAGCACAGCCAUCACCCUUCUGCCACUGGAGGAAGGGAGAACAGUGAUUGGCUCCGCAGCCAGAGAUAUCUCACUUCAGGGUCCAGGCUUGGCUCCAGAGCACUGCUACAUCGAGAACCUGCGGGGUACCCUCACCCUCUAUCCUUGUGGCAAUGCCUGCACUAUUGAUGGGCUCCCCAUCCGACAGCCUACCCGACUUACUCAGGGCUGCAUGUUGUGCCUGGGUCAGUCCACCUUCCUCCGCUUUAACCACCCUGCUGAAGCCAAGUGGAUGAAGAGCAUGAUUCCAGCAGGGGGCCGGGCUCCUGGGCCCCCCUACAACCCUGGCUCUGCUGAAUCAGAAAGUCUGGUGAAUGGGAACCAUACCCCACAGCCUGCAACCCGGGGACCCCCAGCUUGUGCCAGCCACAGUUCUUUAGUGAGCUCCAUUGAGAAGGACCUGCAGGAAAUCAUGGACUCACUGGUGCUAGAGGAACCUGGAGCAGCUGGCAAGAAGCCUGCUGCAACCUCCCCACUGUCGCCAAUGGCUAAUGGUGGCCGCUACCUGCUGUCCCCUCCAACCAGCCCUGGGGCCAUGUCUGUGGGCUCUAGCUAUGAGAACACCUCUCCAGCCUUCUCACCACUCUCUUCACCAGCCAGCAGUGGGAGCUGUGCCAGCCAUUCACCCAGUGGGCAAGAGCCAGGACUGUCUUCUGUCCCCCCACUGGUGCCUGCUCGCUCAUCCAGCUACCAUUUGGCCCUGCAGCCCCCACAGUCCCGCCCAAGUGGUGCCCGCUCCUCUGAGAGUCCCCGGCUGGGUAGAAAAGGAGGUCAUGAGAGGCCUCCCAGCCCUGGCCUCCGUGGGCUAUUGACUGAUAGCCCUUCAGCCACGGUCUUGGCAGAAGCCCGCAAAGCCACUGAGAGUCCCCGACUGGGAGGGCAGCUGCCUGUGGUAGCUAUCAGCCUGAGUGAAUACCCAGCUGCCGGUGCCCGCAGCCAACCCACCAGCAUUCCUGGCAGCCCCAAGUUCCAGUCUCCAGUUCCUGCUCCUCGCAACAAGAUCAGCACACUCCAGGACCGCCCUCCAAGCCCUUUCCGUGACCCUCCCAGCACGGAGAGGGUAUUGACAACGAGUCCCUCUCGCCAACUGGUGGGCCGAACAUUUUCAGAUGGGUCAGCUACCCGCACCCUGCAGCCUCCUGAGAGUCCCCGCCUGGGUCGGCGGGGCCUGGACAGUAUGCGAGAACUCCCUCCCUUGAGCCCAUCUCUGUCCCGACGAGCUCUCUCCCCACUGCCUGCUCGGACCACCCCAGAUCCCAAGCUCACCAGGGAGGUAGCAGACAGUCCACGGCCCCGGCGGUGGGCAGCCCAUGGAGCUUCACCAGAGGACUUCUCCCUGACUUUGGGGACACGAGGCCGCAGAACACGGAGUCCCUCACCCACCCUGGGGGAGUCCUUGGCACCUCGCAAGGGCAGCUUCAGUGGCAGGCUGAGCCCAGCCUAUAGUCUGGGUUCUCUUACUGGGGCUUCACCACGCCAGAGUCCUCAUGCCCAGAGGAAGCUCUCCAGUGGGGACUUGCGGGUACCUGUCACUCGGGAAAGGAAAAAUAGCAUCACAGAGAUCAGUGACAAUGAAGAUGACCUCCUGGAGUACCACCGGCGGCAGCGCCAAGAGCGGCUCCGGGAGCAGGAGAUGGAGAGGCUGGAGCGCCAGCGCUUGGAGACCAUCCUGAACCUGUGUGCUGAGUACAGCCGGGCUGAUGGGGGACCAGAGGCCGGGGAGCUGCCCAGCAUUGGGGAGGCCACUGCAGCUUUGGCACUGGCAGGUCGGAGGCCCUCACGAGGCUUUGCCGGGGCCAUUGUGGCCUCUGGACGGAGCAGCGAGGAGCCUGGAAGUGCUGCCCAACGCCUGUGGGAGAGCGUGGAGCGCUCAGAUGAAGAAAAUCUCAAGGAGGAGUGCAGUAGCACAGAGAGCACCCAGCAGGAGCAUGAAGAUGCACCUAGCACCAAGCUCCAAGGAGAGCUGCUAGCCCUAGAAGAGGAGCGGGCUCAGGUGUUGGGGCGUGUGGAGCAGCUCAAGGUCCGCGUGAAGGAGCUAGAGCAGCAGCUACAAGAAGCGGCCAGAGAGGCCGAAAUGGAGAGGGCGCUGCUGCAGGGGGAGAGGGAAGCAGAGCGGGCACUGCUGCAGAAGGAGCAAAAGGCAGUAGACCAACUACAGGAGAAGCUGGUGGCCUUGGAGACUGGCAUCCAGAAGGAGAGAGACAAGGAGAGGGCGGAGCUGGCCGCGGGACGGAGGCACCUGGAGGCCCGCCAGGCGCUCUACGCCGAGCUCCAGACGCAGCUCGAUAACUGCCCCGAGUCAGUGCGGGAACAGUUACAGGAGCAGCUGAGAAGGGAGGCAGAGGCCCUGGAGACGGAGACAAAGCUCUUUGAAGACUUGGAGUUCCAGCAGCUGGAGCGCGAGAGCCGCGUGGAGGAGGAGCGCGAGUUGGCGGGCCAGGGGCUGCUGCGGAGCAAGGCCGAGCUGCUGCGCAGUGUCGCCCAGAGGAAGGAGCGCCUGGCCGUCCUGGACAGUCAAGCUGGGCAGAUCCGGGCCCAGGCUGUGCAGGAGUCGGAGCGCCUGGCCCGGGACAAGAAUGCAUCCCUGCAGCUGCUGCAGAAGGAAAAGGAGAAACUGACUGUGCUGGAAAGAAGGUACCACUCACUCACGGGGGGCAGGCCUUUCCCGAAGACCACCUCGACCCUCAAAGAGGCUCAGCUGCUCAUCUCCGAAUCCUCAGAGAUGGGGCUGGGGACCAAGGCUCUGGGCCCAUUCUCGGGGUCUUCUCAGGCUGGGGUCCCCUCUGUCUCCUUCACCCCGUCUGCUUCCACUCCACUCUGCCCCAAAGCACAAGAGGAGUAUGUGAGCCUGGCAGAGGUUUUCCAGCUGUGCUUCCGCUUGGACCCUUAUGCUUCUGCCACCUCCGCCAGCGUGCUCACACAGCCCCUGCCUGACAGUGAGUACGUGACGCUUGAGCAGCUAAAGGUGCUGUGGGGCACCUCACCCACACCCCCAGCCCCCGCGCCGGGCCUGCCUCCCUGGGCCUCUGCCUCUCGGGACCUGGUUCCCGCCACCUGCCUUCCUCCCGCGCUGCCCUCCUCCUUCGCUUCCAUCACGCCUUCACCCAAGAUGGAGAAGCUGCUGCUCCCUGCUGUAGACUUAGAGCAGUGGUACCAGGAGCUGAUGGCCGGGUUGGGGACUGGUCCCACUGCAGCCUCCCCUCGCUCCUCCCCCCCGCCUCUGCCCGCCAAAGCUUCCCGUCAACUGCAGGUUUACCGUUCCAAGAUGGAUGGUGAGGCCACCAGUCCCCUGCCGCGGACUCGCAGUGGCCCCCUCCCCUCCUCUUCUGGCUCUUCCUCCUCAUCCUCACAGCUCAGCGUGGCUACUCUGGGCCGUAGCCCUUCUCCAAAGAGUGCUCUGCUCACCCAGAAUGGCACUGGCAGCCUUCCCCGCAACCUGGCAGCCACAUUGCAGGACAUUGAGACCAAGCGCCAACUGGCUCUGCAGCAGAAGGUCGAGUUGCUUCCUGCCGAGCCCCUCCCAACUGACGACCCAGCAGGGCAGCAGGUGAUCGAGGAGCAGCGGCGGCGGCUGGCUGAGCUGAAGCAGAAAGCGGCGGCAGAGGCGCAGUGCCAGUGGGAUGCCCUGCAUGGGGCAGUGCCCUUCCAGGCAGGCCCCUCGGGCUACCCCCCACUCAUGCACCACUCCAUCCUACACCACCUGCCAGCCGGGCGGGAGCGUGGUGACGAGGGUGAACACGCCUAUGACACACUGAGCCUGGAGAGCUCGGACAGCAUGGAGACCAGCAUCUCCACUGGGGGCAACUCGGCCUGCUCUCCUGACAACAUGUCCAGUGCCAGUGGUCUGGAUGCGGGCAAGAUUGAGGAGAUGGAGAAGAUGCUAAAAGAAGCUCAUGCAGAGAAGAGCCGGCUCAUGGAGUCCAGGGAGAGGGAGAUGGAGCUGCGCAGGCAGGCCCUGGAGGAGGAGCGGCGGAGGCGGGAACAGGUAGAACGGAGGCUGCAGAGUGAGAGCGCUCGGAGGCAGCAGCUGGUGGAGAAGGAGGUCAAGAUGCGGGAGAAACAGUUUUCUCAGGCACGGCCCCUGACCCGCUACCUGCCUAUCCGGAAGGAGGACUUUGACCUGAAGACCCACAUCGAGUCAUCAGGCCAUGGUGUGGAUACCUGCUUGCAUGUGGUGCUCAGCAGUAAGGUCUGCCGUGGCUACUUGGUCAAGAUGGGUGGAAAGAUUAAAUCCUGGAAGAAGCGCUGGUUUGUCUUUGACCGGCUCAAGCGCACCCUUUCCUACUAUGUGGACAAGCAUGAGACGAAGCUGAAGGGGGUCAUCUACUUCCAGGCCAUCGAGGAAGUGUACUAUGACCACCUGCGCAGUGCAGCCAAGAAGAGGUUUUUCCACUUCACUAUGGUGACUGAGAGCCCGAACCCAGCCCUCACCUUUUGCGUGAAGACCCAUGACCGACUGUACUACAUGGUGGCCCCGUCUGCAGAGGCCAUGCGCAUCUGGAUGGAUGUCAUCGUCACAGGGGCUGAGGGCUACACUCAGUUUAUGAACUGACUGCCGUGGCCUCCGGGACCCUCAGGCUGGCCCCAGGACCCAUGCCAGCCUCUUGCUGCUCUGCUGGCCCCUGUGGGCAGCUGCACAGUGGGCGCCAGCCCUCACAGGAGCAGGAUGUAGCGGAGCGGCCAGGGCCUUUGUGCAAGAAGACUUUGUGGUACUCUGUAGGGAUUCAGUCCUGUGAGUUUCUGGGCUCAGAAGAGGAAGGUGGGAGGGGACUUGCUGCCUCCUGGGAGCCCAGAACUCGCAGUUCCUGUUCAGAAUGCUGCCCGGUGCCGGCCCACACCGUGGAGGAACUGCCACAGAGGCUCAGUCUGACCUGCUCUCCCCAGUCUGUUUUCUCUUUGUAAAGGACUAAUUAUGGUACCAGAUUCUGCCAAAGAUCCUCUUGCCUCCGCCCUGCAGGGCCUUGGGGCCGAGCAGAGCCACCCCGCGGGGCAGCAGCGCAGGCAGCACACUGCUCCAGCGCCCUCUGCCUCACUGUCUCCCUCGUUUCUAUGUUUUUAAUUUGCUUGAGGGACAGACACUUCAAGUGUCACCCUUGAGGUUCCAGCCCCAUUCCCUGGUUGGAGAACCAUCACCAUGGUCUCCAUGGUGAUCGCUUCAUUGUCAUGGUUACAUACUAACUGCAGCAGCUCCAUGGCUGAGCCCACUGCUCAGUGAUGGGCCAUCUGAGGGUACGCGCCAUCAUCUCUCCAGCCCAGGCGCGGGGUCAUGUCAUGCAGGGGGAAAGGACUGAGCACCUCCCCACCCCCUGCCUGUGUCUAGUCCCCAGUCGAGCAGCCUGCGGCACUCCACGCCAGCCCUCUCCCUUCACUCGUGCCUUGCCUAGAGCCAGAAGGGAUGAUGCAGGGGAUCCAUGACCAGAGGGACAGCCAGCACCUGGGAGAGGACGCCAAAGGGUGUCCUCUGGGUCCUACAGGGUUGAGUUCCUGACAGGAAGGGGGGGUGGCUCCGAGCUCUCAGAGGGAAGGACUGGGCAAGAGGGAGCCACAGAGGGACUGGCCUGAGCUCCACUGCCCACCCUUCAGCCUCCAAAGGAUAAUGGAAAAGGGGAGUGGAGGACCAGCCUCCAGCUGUCUGGCCUCAGCCCUUUGCCGCCUUAACACUAAGCCCACCUCCCCUGCCCUCUUCCCCAGCCCCGCGUCCCUGUGGCCUGGGCCGGGCUGGGUGUUUUUCAGUAUUGGUAAGCAUUUACAAAGAAGCAGAACAAUAAAGCAUUUGGACUAUG